CAUGCCCUGCACUUUCUCCUACUUCUUCCACUUUUCCAGCAAAACAAAAGGUCCUUCACAAAUUUAGGCAUUGCCGAAGCCAUACAGACUACAAUGUAGAAGAAGAUAAUCUACAUCUUCACCGGCCUCCCUGCAUAAGUAACACUAGCUGAUGCAUACAACCUUCUUUUUCUAAGAUUUUCUUCCGUCAAGAUCACCCAUCUAGCAACUAACCAAGUGAAAAAACAUACCUUACUUGGAACCUUAGGAAUCAGUAUCGCCUUUUCACGGAAAGCCUCAUCGACCUCACCCAUAGCUUUUCAUAAAACGGCUUGACAGAAAAAUAUACACAUUUGUUCCCCAGCUUCCAUCUCUGUUUUUCUUGAUUUACAUGCAAAGAUGAUGUUUUAUAUGUACCAAUUAACAUGAGUAGUUGCUCUCAUUACCAACAUAUUGGUUACACAAAUGUUGUUCCACCAUUUUAGGCGUCAUUUGCAGGUUAUUAUCACCAUUUUAGUCAACGCAUUUACACUUUAAAAUUUACUUUUGCAACACUUUUAAUUACAUGUUGAUGAUUCUUCUAUUUUUUUUUUUUUUUUUUUUUUUUUUUUUGCACAAAAGCGUUGGGAGCUUUAAGAAAUAUAGAGUACUUACUGUUUGAUGGAAACACAUUGGAUGCGAACUUCCUCAGGAGUAUUGGUAUAAUGUCAUCCCUUAAAGUAUUAUCAGUAGCUCAAUGCAACCUCAACGGGACCCUACCACAUCAAGGCUUGUGUGAACUGAAAUAUCUUGAAGAACUAAGUCUUAGCAGAAACAGCUUUAUCGGAACAUUCCCUACAUGCCUUGGAAACUUGACAUAUCUUCGGGUAAUUGAUCUCACUCAAAAUCAGUUUACUGGAAACAUUGCCUCAUCUCCACUUUCAUCUCUCUUUUCACUUGAAUACCUCCUGAUAGCAAACAACAACUUUGAAAUACCAAUUUCAUUCGAGUCAUUUGCUAACCAUUCAAAACUUAAGUUUGUCAUUGCCGACUACAACUCAGUAAUUGUACAGACUACUUCUAAAAGUUGGAUCCCAAAGUUUCAAUUGGAGGCCUUAUCUUUAUUCAACUGCUCUCAAAUGCCAAACUUCCUUCAUUAUCAACAUCACUUGAGACUUCUUCGUCUCUCGAGAUGCAACAUUGGUGGAGACUUUCCAAAUUGGUUGUUAGAAAACAAUUCUAGGCUUGGAGAAGUUUACUUGGAUGGAAAUGCAUUCGCUGGAUCUCUUCAAUUGCCAUUCCUUCAUAAUCUGAAAGCUUUGGAUAUCUCGAACAACAAGAUUCGAGGGCCAGUUCCUCCUAACAUUGGAUCCAUUUUCCCAAAUCUCGUGAUAUCAACAAUGUCCAACAAUAUGCUUGAAGGCAUGUUGCCUUCAAGUUUUUCUGACAUGAAAAACCUUGAAUGCUUGGAUUUGUCAUACAAUAAGUUAAAUGGAGAGCUUCCGAUAGGAUUGGCUCGUGAAGGAUCCAAGUUAUAUCUUCUGAGAUUGUCUAAUAACAUGUUGAAAGGGGAAAUAUUUCCAGUUUCAGGUAACAUCAACAAUUUCCAAUAUUUAUACUUGGAUGGGAAUAACUUCUCCGGCCCAAUUCCACAGAAGUUAUCCACUACUCCCUUACAAACGUUGGACUUAAGUUACAAUAACUUGUCAGGAAAUAUACCAGCAUGGCUUGGUAAUAUCUCCUCCUUAACCUCCCUUGCAUUGUCCAAAAACCAUCUAAAGGGUCAUAGCCCACCUGAUUACUGUAGACUUGAAAGACUGGAGGUGUUAGAUCUCUCUGAAAACAACCUUGUCGGUGUGAUUCCAGCCUGUUUCAGUGCUUUCCGAGAGUUACAACGUGUGUAUCUGGGCAAAAACAAGUUACAAGGGGAAUUCAACAUGUUCUCAAACUCAUAUUUAAAAGUGUUGGAUCUAAGAUAUAACAACUUCAGUGGCUCGAUUCCAAAAUGGUUGGGCAGUCUUGGGAUAACUACCUUACUUUUAAAAGGAAAUCAUCUUCAAGGCGCCAUUCCCACAGAAUUGUGCCGUGCGAGUGAACUGAGAAUUAUGGAUAUUUCUCAUAACAAUCUCUCGGGACCUAUUCCACGUUGCGUUGGGAACAUUAUGCACCAAGAAUCUAUAAUAGUAGCAUACCCAUACAGUUCAUCAUUUGGCUAUGAAGGAUUCCAGACGUUUGGAGGAGAUACAAUGAUAGAUGUAGAAUCCUCAAUCAAGUCAUCAUCACCAAUUAUGUUUCUAAAUAACUAUGCAUGGGUUGGAGCAGAGUUUAUGACCAAACACAACACAUAUUCCUAUGAAGGUAGCAUUGUUGAUGAUAUGUCCGGAAUCGAUCUUUCUUGCAACCAAUUAAGUGGCGAAUUACCUAAGGAGCUCAGUAAUCUUACCCAAAUACAUGCUCUAAACUUGUCACAUAACCACAUAACUGGAAUGAUACCAUCAGAAUUCUCAAAUCUACAGAAUAUCGAGAGUUUGGAUCUAUCAUACAACAACCUGAUCGGAAGGAUU